CUUCUCUCUUCUCCUUCUCUCUAUCAUCAAAAUAGACAAUGGUAUUCUCUAAAGACGAAAGCCCUGUCUGUGACAUUAAGUUCUCAUCGAUUGGACCGGGAUACAUAACUGGCCAAGGUGCAGCUCAAGAACUAAAUGGCAUGGACUUAGCCAUGAAGCUUCACUACAUCCGAAACGUUUACUAUUUCAGAAGCGAAGUGUUUGAAGGGUUAGCUAUCAUGGAUAUUAAGGAGCCUAUGUUCUACUGGUUGAACUAUGGGUAUAUCGCUUGUGGCCGGCUCAGGAGGGAUGAUUCAGGUCGGCCCUACAUCAAGUGCAACGACUGUGGGGUGCGGUUCAUUGAGGCUCGGUGCAAACUGACUCUCGAUGAGUGGCUCGAGUCAAAAGAUGACUCGAGACACAAGCUUCUUGUUUCUAACCAAGUCCUUGGUCCCGACUUGCUUUUCUCUCCACUAGUUUUAUUGCAGUUAACCAAGUUUAAAUGUGGAGGGAUAUCUGUUGGGUUAAGUUGGGCACAUAUACUUGGAGAUGUUUUUUCUGCUGUAAGCUAUACGAACAUAUGGGGCCAAAUCACCAAGCGUCAUUUCCCAACCCAACCAUUACGCAUGGAACAUUCAAUGAAGGAGAACCGUAAUCCCAAAAGCCCAACAACGGAUCUGCUUGCUGUAAAACGGGUAGGGCCAGUGGGUGAUCAUUGGACCACGCCAGAUAACACAAAGCUUGAAACAUAUUCUUUUUAUAUUUCUUCUCCUGAAUUUAUCCGUUUGCAAACAAAGCUAUGUGGAGGUAAAGACCAUCAAAAGUUUCCCCCCUUCGAGUUGAUUUGCACUAUUAUUUGGCAAUGUGUUGCGAAUGUUAAACAUGAAUCUGAAGUGAACAUGGUGACUAUAUGUAAGAGAGACUCAAAAAUUUCAUUCGAAGGGGUUAUGACAAACAAAGCGCAGUCGAUAAAAGUGGUUAAAACAAACAUUUCCAUUAAAGAAUCCUCUCUAAUGGAACUCGGGAUGCUCAUAUUGAACCAAGGCGUGGAUGAGAGAAAUAAUAUUGACGAUGCAAUGAAACCUGAUAAUGAAUUACCAGACUUUCUAAUAUAUGGAGCAAAUUUGACUUUUAUUGACCUAAGUGAUGCCCCACUUUAUGAGCUCGAUAUAAAAGGAAAUACACCUGUUUAUGUAAACUGUGCUAUUGAUGGUGUUGGAGAGGAAGGUGUCGUGCUGGUUUUUCCAGCACGAAAAGAUAUAUCUGAUGGGAUGACAAUUAGUAUAACGUUGCCCGCAAACCACAUUGCUGAGCUUAAAUCUGUGCUUUGGAAUGAAUGGUCUCUCGCGUAAUAUUAAAACACAUAUAUGUGUUAAGUAGGAUCUAAUAUCUAGUGUGUGACUAUAUGCAUGUAUUAGAAUGCAUAAACGCUGG